GUAUUUGGAAAGUGGAUAAGAAAAACAAAUUUAGGAAUUUGAAAGAAGUAAAAAUAGAAAAAAGAAGAAAAUAAGGUGAGAAAAUAAGAAAGAAAAUUCGUGCUUCCCGGUUCCCGAUACUUACGGAUUUUCCGUUUUCCCAAACACCAUUUUUAGGGUUUUUUUUGAGCCACAAGAACAAGAAGAAACUCUUUACGUUAGGGAUAUUUCCUCAGAAUUUGAUUAAUAAAAUGGCAUCAGUGUGUCCAUUUGCAAAAUCUUCAAGACCAGAUGAUUCAUCACCAAAACAUGGUCAAGAAGCUGAAGGAAAACCAAAUAAAGAAUCUUCUGCUGCAGAUUCUCCAAAAUGCCCUUUUGGAUAUGACUCUGCUGAUGCUAAGGCCUCUCCCAAAUCCGCCACAGUUCCCGCAAAAUGUCCUUUAGGAUAUGAUUCUCAGUCUUUUAAAAUUGGCCCUUUUAGUUGUAUGAUAUGCCAAGCACUUCUCUUUGAUACUGCUAAAUGUGUGCCUUGUAGUCAUUUGUUUUGCAAAUUUUGUGUUUCGCGGUUUAAAGACUGUCCUUUGUGUGGUGCUGACAUUGAGAAGUAUGAAGCUGAAACGAAUCUGCAAGCUACUGUUGAUCGUUUCAUUGAGGGCCAUGCUAGAAUCAAGAGGUCUGUUGUUGAUGCGGAUAAAGAGGAAGAAGUAGGAAAGAAUACAAAAGUGACAUAUGAAGAUGUGUCUUUAGAAAGAGGUGCUUUUUUGGUGCAACAUGCUAUGAGGGCAUUUCGUGCGAAGAACUUUGAAAGUGCUAAAUCGAGACUCAGUCUCUGUGCAGAAGACAUCCGAGGCCAGAUAGAGACUAUGGGCAGCACGCCGGAGUUCUGUUCACAGCUUGGGGCUGUCCUUGGCAUGCAUGGUGACUGCUGUCGAGCAAUGGGAGAUGCUGGCUCCGCAAUUUCUUCUUUUGAAGAGAGUGUGGAAUUUCUCUCAAAGUUGCCUGCAGAUGAUCAGGAGAUAACACAUACACUUUCUGUUUCUCUUAAUAAAAUUGGAGAUCUUAAAUACUAUGAUGGGGAUGUGGAAGCUGCUAAAUCUUACUAUUCUCGUUCUCUGAAUGUCCGCCGUGAUGCCAUCAAACAUCAUCCUAAUGUUUCAUCGCAGACCCUAGAUGUGGCUGUUUCGCUAGCAAAAGUUGCUGAUGCAGAUAGAAGUCUGGGAAAUGAGGAUGCAGCACUUGAUAGAUUUCAGGAAGCAAUAACAUUGUUGGAAUCCUUGACACUAAAGCCUGAAGAAGCUCCUCUUGACCAAAGGCGCCUUUCGGUUCUGGAAUUUCUCAACAAUCAGCUUGCAGAGAAACAUUCUAAUCAAACUGCCUGAAGUUGAGUCUUCUUCUGCAGGGAACAAUAAUCAAACCAUAUAAAAUAGCCUUAAAUAUGUGUAUAUGCAAAAUUAUUUUCAUGUGAAAAUAAGUUCAGUUUUAUUAAUGGUGAUUCCUAGAAGAACAAAAGCUUUCAGAACUUAUAUCAAGCAGGACGUGGAUCACAAGUGGAUCGUUUACUCAAGCAAAACCUCAGGAUCUCGGUGCACUUCUGUAAGUUGCUCGAGCACUUGGGUUUUAAUUCGUGUUUUGGAUCUUGUCUAAUUGUCUGAAGUUCUCAACGCAAUGAGUUAUUCCCUUUGCCCGUCCUAUUCCUAUAGGAUUAAGGACUACUUCUGGGGAAUCAUUUAGAAGAGUGCACUUUUGUAUUUCUAUAUCCCAGCCUAUGAACUAUCCUUUAAGUGAAAACGAGUCCCUGCAGAAAUGAAAACUGUACUUGUCAUUAUGUGCAAAAGCUAUUUGUAUCUGAAUUUUGAAAUAUUAUAUACGAUAUGCAUUCCUCGUCUUUUUUUCA